GCGCCAGCGCGCGCGGCCUCCCCGCCCGCGGGCCAACCGCCGGGGCGCGCGCCCGAGGGCGGUCCCGGCCGCAGAGCUCGCGAGAGGACAUGUCCGCGGCGGCGGCGGCGAGCGAGGCAAUGUGCUGAAACAGACACUGUAGAAGGAGGCUAGAAAUACAAGGUCCUGUAAAAUAUGCCUGAUUUUAAAAACUCAUCGUGCACACCUGGGAAAACAGAAAGGUGGAAUCUCUGGGAAAGGGUGAAAUGCAGAUGGUAACAACCUACUUCAGCCAAUAGUUCAUCUUUCUCUGCCCUCAGAAAGUUCCGAGCAGGAGCAAAGUUGGGCAAUAAGAAGACAAACUAGAAAUCUGAAAUGGAGGCUGGAUAGAACAUUAGAAGACGAUUUAACACAAUGGAUCACUCGGGGACAGCGGAUGCUGAGGACGACUCUGGAUCACUACCACGGCUUGCUCCUAGUCCUCAUAGCGAAGCAGUGGCACAUGAGUUCAAGGAACUCUCGUUACAGCCCAAUCAGUACUUACCUCCUCUCAAUGAACGGAAGAAUGUACUUCAGCUAAGGCUACAACAAAGACGGACACGAGAACAGCUGGUGGACCAGGGCAUCAUGCCACCUUUGAAAAGUCCAGCUGCAUUCCAUGAGCAGAUAAAGAGCCUGGAGCGAGCCAGGACUGAAAAUUUUCUGAAGCACAAGAUUCGCAGCAGGCCAGACCGGUCUGAGCUGGUCAGAAUGCACAUCCUUGAAGAGACCUUUGCAGAGCCUUCGCUACAAGCCACUCAGAUGAAACUGAAGAGAGCUCGGUUGGCAGAUGAUCUGAAUGAGAAGAUUGCUCAGAGGCCUGGCCCGAUGGAACUGGUAGAAAAAAAUAUUCUUCCUGUAGAUUCCAGCGUUAAAGAAGCUAUAAUAGCAGUUGGACAAGAUAAUUAUCCUCAAGCUUUGGAUGAUUAUUCAUUUGAUGAAGACAGCAGUGAUGCUUUAUCACCAGAUCAGCCAGCCAGCCAAGAAUCCCAGGGUUCAGCAGCUUCCCCUGGUGAGCUGAAAACAAGUGACUCACCAUCACCAAUAACACCAAAUGCUGCUACGUCAACACAGUAUCCACCUUUAACCUCUCCAGUUCCUGAAUUUCUCAAAACUCCCUCUACAAUCGAACAGCAUGCUACACGUUCUACUGCUACAACCACCCUGACCACGAAUACUGUAUCUGCAGCAAAGCCUGGGCCAACAUUAGUAAAGCAAAGCCACCCAAAGAACCCAAACGAUAAGCAUCGGAGCAAGAAAUGUAAAGAACCUAAGCCAAGGGUGAAAAAACUGAAGUAUCAUCAAUAUAUUCCACCUGAUCAGAAAGGUGAGAAAAAUGAGCCACAGAUGGACUCCAACUAUGCUCGUCUGCUACAACAGCAGCAACUGUUUUUGCAGCUGCAGAUCCUGAGCCAACAGCAACAACACUACAACUACCAGACAAUUCUACCUGCACCACUGAAGCCACUGAAUGACAAACAGAGUAACAAUGGGAAUACGCAACUGAAUACUUUGAACAACAGCACACCAACAUCAGCUGCCAGCUCACCAAGACAGAAUAGUAAUAUUCCUAGCCGGAAACCAGGACCUCUACCUUCAAGCUUGGAUGACUUGAAGGUAGCGGAGCUUAAAAUGGAGUUGAAAUUGAGGGGAUUACCAGUGUCUGGAACAAAAACAGAUCUUAUUGAGCGUCUGAAACCCUAUCAAGAUCUUAAUAACAAUGGGGUUGCUACUAGUAGCUCUGUUACAGUAACCACUUCUACUGGGGCCACAGGUAACACUGGGGAAGUGACUGUGGCAUUUCCUGUUGCAGCACUAAAUAAACCAGUGGCUAAUACGAUAUCCAGCUUUCCUCCAGAAAAGACAUCUACCGGAUCUGGCUGCAAAGUAGUAAAUACUGAAAACAUUAGCUCUCCUUUGCCUAUAUCUCCCUCUCCUUCAGAACAAUCUAGUCUAAGCACAGAUGAUACUAGUAUGGCAGAUACUUUCACAGAGAUGAUGACCAUGAUGUCACCAUCCCAGUUCUUAAGUACUUCACCACUAAGAGCAAAUAUGAGUGAUGAUAAUCAGAAUCGCAGUAGUGGAAGCAUCUCAACCAUGGAGUUCGAUGUUGCAGAAAAGGACCGCAAGCUUCAAGAAAAAGAAAAGCAGAUUGAAGAACUCAAAAGGAAACUGGAACAAGAGCAAAAACUUGUGGAAGUACUGAAAAUGCAACUUGAGGUUGAAAAACGGGGACAACAGCAACAGUCUCAGGCUUCUGGUAACUCAGCUGCUUUGGAACAGAAGCAAUUCAAUGCUGCUGUCAAAGAUGAAAAUGCUCUUACUGACUGCUCUAGUACAAGUCAGUCUGUACCUGUAGCUAGUCAUACUUUAGGACAAUCGGUAUAUACUAGUGGCCAGAAUCCAGUUGCCAAAAAGGCGGUUGUUAUCAAGCAGGAGAUACCUGUGGCCAAAGCCGAACCUCAGAAUGCCAUUUCUCAAUUCUAUGUUAAUGCACAGAGGCAGCCACAAACUGCAGUUGUUGCCCAACCUCAAGCUUUAUUAACUACCCAAGGAACUGCACAGCUGCUCCUUCCACUGUCUAUCCAGGGACCGAAUUCUACCACUGCAGUGCAGCUACCAGUUGGAAAUAUAAAGUUGCAGGCUCAGUCACAAGCUGGAAUACAGACCCCAUCACAAAUACCUGCUCCUAUUUCUUCCUCUGGCCUGGUCCAGACAGCACCUCAGAUGCAUACUCCACAAUCAAAACAAAAUGCCAUCACGCAGCAUGCACUUGUUGGUCAGACCCAACAAAUCAGAAAGGUUUUUCCACCUACCACAUCAAAUACGGUAUUUUCCUAUCAGACUGCACCGGUUACAACACCUUCACAAUCUUUUAUUAAUAAAAUACCAAACUCUAACAUUCACACUGGUGGUAAUCAGGUUCCCUCUGUGCAGAAUGGACCUGCUACUCCUAAUAAGCCUGGCUCUCCAUCUCAAGCCCAGCCUUAUAUUGUUCAACAGUCCCUCUUCAACAACACAGCAUCCAAGACAAAAGAUCCUCCUCGUUAUGAAGAGGCCAUAAAACAGACCCGCAAUAUUCAGACAUCGCACCGUGAGCUUUCCAGUGCGCACAGUCAGCAGAUGGAUGAUCUUUUUGACAUUCUCAUCAAGAGUGGAGAGAUUUCCCUUCCAAUAAAGGAGGAACCAUCUCCCAUUUCUAAAAUGAGACCAGUAACAGCUAACAUCACUACAAUGCCAGUGAAUACAGUGAUAUCCCGCCCACCACCACAAAUCCAAAUGGCCCCUCCUCCUGUGUCCUUAGAGCCAACAACCAGUUUGUCUGUAAGUUUGGAAAACCAACUUGAAGCCCUCUUGGAUGGAACUUUACCAUCAGGUAAUGAAAUUCCUCAACUGACAAGCGGUAAUGAGGACAGAGAGUCAUUUUCUUUAAUUGAAGACCUCCAGAAUGAUCUGCUUAAUCACUCCAGCAUUUUAGAUCACUCUCAUUCGCCCAUGGAAACAUCUGACCCACAGUUUACCACUAAUAAUUCUUGUCUGUCUCUUGACCUUCCCGAUACAAAUUUGGACAAUAUGGAAUGGCUAGACAUUACAAUGCCCAGCUCCUCAUCUGGACUCACUCCUCUCAGUUCUACUGCCCCCAGCGUGUUUUCCACUGACUUUCUAGAUCCCCAAGAUCUGCAGUUGCACUGGGAUUAAACUACGAGAACACAACCUGCAAGUCUUUUUACAGCAGAGGUCCAUUAUUAUACCUGAUUGCAGUUAAGAUAAAUUAAGACAGUAAUGUUUGGAAGAACAAAUGCUUGAAGCUAACUCCUUAUUGAUUUUCAUGUUUACAACAGUGAAUUACUUUAUGCUCCUAUCAGUAAUGCAGAUCAGGGCCCUCUGAGAGCUGUGUUUCUCAAGUCAAGAAAGAUUGUACUUACUGAUGAAAAGUACCCCCAAGGUAAAUGCAUCACAAACAUUUAAGAAAGAAGUUAUGUCUGUGACUUCGUAAUGCUUAAAUGAGCAACACAACAUGGCUAAACUUAAAGAAGAAAACGUGAGGUUUCAACUGUCUGUAUUGACACAGUGAGCAAAUGUUUGGGGGAGGGUGAGGUAUCACUGCGCUUCAUUGUUCCUGUGGAUAGCCUGAGCCAGGUUCAGAAUUAAUUGGGAGGGCAAAGGCACGUUGAAGCACUGACUGGUUCAGUGAAAUUUCAUAUAUCUAGUCUCUUAAUUUGUUCAAGUUGUUUUUAUAUUUUGGUUUUGUGGGUUUUAAAACUCUUCCCCCAGGCUUUAAUCAUGAGGGUAGAAUAUAACGCAUCCAAAAGGACAUUAAGUGUAACUGCAAGAAAUCCACUGUAGCUACACCAGGUAAUACUGAGAACACUGAAUUUUGUACAGCAAUGCUCUGGAUUCAAUACCUAGGUUUUAAUGUGUAUAUCGGACAGUUAUUUGUAUACUUUUAACUUUAUAUAGCUUAUUUUUGCAAACAGAGGGGAACAGUGGUCUUUAAACAAAAGAUUACUAUAAUGGAAAUAAUAAAUAUCCUAAUUUACUUUGUGUUUGAGGAUAUUGUUAGAUCACUGAAGCAGUAUCUCACCGUAUUAGAACAGUUUGAGGAAUUAGAAAAGUUUAAUUAAUGCUGUUGUGCACUAUGAUCCUGCAAGCAUCUAUGCAAGAAUAGUCCCAGUGCCCUCAGUAAAAGAUGUUUGUAGGAUCAGACUGAGUUGCAGGGGACAGUACUGACAGGACACUCAUCAUUUCUUAGUGACUAUUGAACAGCUUUGUCUACCACUACAUAUCAUCAGGGAAGCCAAACAGAGAAGCUGCUCAGUGAGAAUCCUAAAUAGCGCACACACUUAUGGAAAACUGUAAAAGGCUAAUAAGCAGUAUCAGGAUAUACUGGUUUGUGAUAAGAAGGCAUAGUUUAUAUCUGAAACAGAUAAUAGCAAAAAUUAAGUUUUUACCUCACAGCACAUGAAAAUAAUAUUUUUAAAGCCCUUAGUUGGUUUGGUUUUUUUUUUUCCAGAAUCUAUUAUGAAAGCAGUUGGAAAAACAAAAAAUGUAAAUAGAAGUAAAAUAUUUUGUAAUUCUAUGGUUGUCUCUCAGGUAAUAGUUGUUAAAUGUUGCCAUAGAUGACAUAGGCUGAUAAUCAAACAUAAAAUUGGAAUUAUUUCCUAUUAGGGAAUUCCUAAAUUAAGAUAAAAGGAAACAGUCCCCUGUUUCAUGAACAACAGAAACAUGCUAUGUUUUCUAGUUUGAAAAUUGAUCUCAUUGCAGAAUUCCUUCCUCACCACCAACCUUCAAAAAUAAA